UUCAGCGACCUUUACCUUAAACUUCGGAAGCCUUUUCGGUGUCUGGUAAAAAUAGAAUUUUUUAUUGUUUUGCUGCGUGGGUCAUGGAAGUCGGUAAGUUGAAUAAAUGUCGGUAAGACCAGUUAUUGUUGGUAAAUCGAAUAUGAGUUGUAGUUUCCUAAAAACGCCGGAAAAGGCAGCACAGUCGCAUCGGGAGCGUCUGUCCCGUCAACGGUUGCUUAGCAACAGUUUUGACAACAAGGUAUAAACGUCAAACUAACCUAUGUUUUCGUUCCCGUAAAUUAGUCUAAAAAUCGUGAGUUUCUGCCCCGUUAUGACAUAACAGUCAAAGUUCCGUAUUCGAAUAUUUCCUGUCAAUUACGUAAAUGUCGUUUAUCGUUGCACCGGCAACAGACUUCGUUUUUAAAAAGCACCCUUGUCAAUGUUGCUUAAAUGUUUAACUUACGCUCAUUAAUAUUCCCUCGAGUCAAUUUAACUGUCGUUCGUGUGAGGUUUUUAUAUGGUGUUCAUCAUAACGAAGGGCGGAAUAUUUUCUAUAUAAAGUUUCAGGAUAACGCGAGAGCAGUAUUAGCCUAUAAGCGGGAUGGCAGGAUUCUGGAUAUGUAUACUAUUAACGUUCCAUCCCAACAUACCGGAGAAGGUGUAGCAAGGAGGUUAGCAGAGGCAGCAUUCACAUAUGCCAUCGUCAAUAACUACUACAUGUAUUUGACCUGCGAGUACUUGCAGAAGUAUUACCUGGCAACGAAGACGGUCGAGCUUGAAGAACUUAUUAUCGGACCAUCACAUAUUUUAGAAGGCCCUACAUCGGAGUCUUUAAAUCAAGAAACAGUCGAUGAACUGCCCGAUCCUCAAGAUUUUAUGGUAACUCCCUCAAACAAGAAGUAAAAAGACGAGAGACUCAACAUUGUUCCAAUUUAAAAAUGUCUAAUAUUCUAAAGGCAUUAAUUUAGUUCAAGUAAUAUAUUAGAAAA